AUGGGCAGCGACAAGCUAUGCCCAAUGUUCGAGGAAUGCGGGAAGAUCAAGACUUUCUGGCUCUUUUCGAUGCCUGAUGGGCGAUCUCGUGGUCAGGGGCUGGUGGAAUACACCUCCCCGCAGGACGCAAGGUCAGCCAUCAGCUACUUGAACGGAUGGUCUAUCAACGGCUUCACGCUCAAGGUUCAGGAGGAUCGCGCAGGAUCAAGGUCGGCCGGGAUGGAAACGUGGCAGGCAUCGCAGAGUAGCUGGACAAACAAGGAGGUGGAAGUGGACUGGUGGGACGGCCGCUCGAUCUUCUUCAGUGGCUGUCCAAGCCAGCUGCCGGUGGGAAAAGUUCAGGCCUACUUUCAGGAGUACGGCGCUUUGGAGAGCUUCCACAUGUUUCGGCAUCCUAGCGGUAAACCCAGGGGCAUUGGCGUGGUCAAAUUUGUCGAUCCACAUGCUGCGACUCAGAUCCUGGCGAGUGGGAUGCAGAUCGAAGGAUGGCAGCUGUUCCUGAGAGAGGCAGACUCUCGUGGUGAGCGUGCGGGUGGAACAACAUCUUCCCCCAACCAAAGCUGGUCUUCGUACCAGGAAGAUUGGUCUUCUGGAACUGACGUCGACCCUGGAAAGAGCAUCUUCUUCGCGAACGUGCCCUUCGAGUCCAGGGAGAUAGACCUAAAACGAAGGUUUGCUCACGCUGGCGUGAUCAACUCCUUUCAGCUAUUCAGGAGACAGGACGGAAGCUCGCGAGGAAUGGGCAUUGUUGAGUACGUCACUACUGCGGCCGCCCGACGUGCCUGCAACACGUUAAGCGAGACAGACAUUGAUGGCAGGUACGGGCGUACCCAGAGUGAGCUUUGGGGCUUUGGUAAUGCAACAGUUGGCAUUCCGUCAGCAGCUUCCGGGCUGCAGGCCGCCAUGCAAGUCUGCGUGAAGCUACGCGGGCAACCAAAUACCUGCAACCAUGGACAAAAUGAGCGCUCUUCGAGCGAGUACGAUGGCUGCUUGGAUCAGCCUUGCGCUCAGACAGUUGGCUUCGCUCUUGAAGAGGAUGGGGAGAAGCAGCAGAUCAUUUCAGAGCCCCCGGAAGCCAAGAAGUGCUAUAUGUGGUGCCAAUCCGGCACGCAGCAGCUGGUGAGCAAAAUAGAGGUCGAUGUGGAUGCUUCCAUUAUAGCGCUGGAGGACGGAGCGCCGCUUCGUGCUAGACACGAUAGCCCGACCUUGGAUGACAUUGAAGAGUACGAGAUUGAAGAGGUCAUCGGUCCAAGAAAUGACGACAUUCACAGGGUGAAGAUGCUGGCUCGCGAUGAUCCUCACAUUGAGAAGCUUAUCUCUCAAAUGACGCUGGAAGAGAAGGCGGGUCAGCUCACAAUUUUGGCUGACACCGUCCGACCAUGCAACCCAGAUAUCAAUCCAGAGGUCAACCAUCGGCAAGCGCAUGAGAUGGUGGAGCAGAUUAAGAAGAGCCGAGUGGGCUCUCUUUUUAAUGGUGUGGGCAUCAAGGAGGGCCGAGAGGCACAGCGCAUUGCAGUGGAGGAGACACGACUUGGCAUUCCCCUCAUCUUUGGCAGUGACGUCAUCCAUGGGAUGUGGACUGUCUUCCCAAUCCCGCUCGGCGAAGCCGCAAGCUUUGAUCCGGACUUGGCGGAGAGAACCGCACGAGCAACAGCCUUGGAGACCACUGCUUCUGGCAUCCACUGGACCUUUGCACCAAUGGUUGAUGUUGCAAGGGACCAGAGGUGGGGACGUGUGGCGGAAGGCUCUGGUGAAGACGUUUUCCUUGGAAAGCAGCUGGGAGUCGCACGGGUCCGUGGCUUCCAGGGCAACGAUCUGCGUGCUGAGGACAGCCUACUUGCAACCCCAAAGCAUUUUGCUGCAUAUGGAGGUGUGUCGGGAGGUAUGGAUUACAACUUUGUGGAGAUUUCAGAAGCAUCGCUUCGUGAUAUACACUUGCCAGCCUUCAAAGCCUGCAUAGACGCUGGAGCCCUGACGCUCAUGAGCGCAUUCAACGACAUCGCAGGUGUGCCAGCAUCUGGGAAUCGGUGGCUCUGCACUGAGGUUUUGCGAAAUGAAUGGGGCUUCAAAGGGUUCAUCGUGUCAGACUACACAGCUGAUGAAGAACUCAUUUGUCACGGAUUUGCGGCUGAUGGGCGUGAUGCAGCGAGACUUGCAUUCAAGGCCGGUGUGGAUAUGAGCAUGCAGAGUGGGCUUUACGUGCAACAUAUGCAGGAUUUGGUUGCGAAGGGAGAUGUCUCUAUGGAGGAGGUUGACGAAGGCGUUCGCCGCAUUCUGAAGAUAAAGAAGGCCAUUGGCUUGUUUGAGAAUCCGUACAAGUGCCUGGACCCAAAGCUCGAAGAGCGGGUGGAGAAGCUGAGAUCAGAGCAUGAGCCUCUCGCCAGAGAGGCCGGCCGCAAGUCGAUAGUGCUUCUGAAAAAUGAAAAGAAGGUCUUGCCUCUGAAGAAAUCUGGUCAGAAGAUCGCUUUGAUCGGGCCUUUCGCUAGUGACACACAGAAUCUUGAGGGCUGCUGGACCGUUUAUGGGGACAAGAAGCGCGCGGUCCCGGUGGAUUCGGGCAUACGCCAGGCAUUGUCGAAGGCUGAUGACCUCGAGAUUGUGCAAGGCUGCGACUUCGAGUCGGCAAUUGAUGGAGGCGUUGACAAAGCCGUGGCUGCAGCCAAGAAGGCAGAGGUGGUCGUUCUUGCUAUUGGAGAGCCAGAGAACUUCUCGGGGGAGUCGCAGUCGCGGACCCAGAUCAUCAUUCCUCCCGCCCAGCAGGCUUUGGCUGAAGCAGUGUCAGCAACGGGAACUCCUGUUGUUGUCUUGCUUCGGACGGGAAGAGCUCUCGCUCUCUAUGGAGCUGUCCGGGAUGCGCAAGCGAUCCUGGUUACAUGGUUCCUGGGGACUCAGAUGGGACCUGCUAUCGCCGAUGUGUUGUUUGGUGACUACAACCCUGCAGGUCAUCUUCCAGUAAGUUUCCCUGCGGAUGCAGGGCAACAACCAUUGUUCUACAAUGCGCCACGGACGGGACGCCCACAAGGCGACGGACCUCGUACCUUCAAGGCAAGUUGGAGGGAAGUUGCGAGCAAGGCCUUGUAUCCAUUCGGCCACGGCCUGAGCUAUACCGACUUUUCUUUCACGAAGCCAAGCCUGAGCACCGACAAGCUGGGCUGGGAACAGAUGCUUGAGGUGACAGCGCAGGUGAGCAACACUGGCGCACUAGCCGGUGAGAAGGUGGCCCAGCUCUAUGUCCACGACUGUGUAGCAAGUCGCGUUCGUCCGGUGCGAGAGCUCAAAGGUUUCCAGAAGGUGCUUCUGAAGCCUGGUGAGACAAAGACUCUCAAAUUCCAGCUCUCGAGGCAAGACCUGUCAUUCCAUGGAUCUGAUGGCAAGCUCCGUGCAGAGCCUGGGGAGUUUCAUGUUUGGAUCUCUGGUUGCUCGGCAUCUGGAGAGCUGGCGAAGUUUCAUUUGCUCGCACCGUGA